AUGGCUCACAGGUGCAACCAACGUCAUGGCCGAGGACGUCGCUUGUUUUUGGCGACGAGCGGGCAGUCGGUUGCCAGCGACGUCGAGGCAUGUGCGAGGCAUAGCUCAUGUUUGAUCAUGCUGGAGCUCUGCGAGGAGACUUGCGCUCCAUCCUUCCUUUCUGCGGCCCCGUGCCGCCACGAAGGGCCGACCAGCCGUCACGCGGUCAAGGCAGACGCGCGACGGGUUCGAGGAUUGGAUGAUGCCAGGCCGCGCCCCCCCCCCAAAAGUCAGACGCGGGGGCAGAAUGUUGCGGCACGGUCUGGCGACGUGGAGGAGAGACCAAGGAAGGGAUCGGGUUGUGAUGGCAAUUGCGCCGCGAUGGCCACGCUGGUGCCAAGCGAGCACACGGCGGAGUGGCCGCAGAUUUUUGAAACGAAAUGA